UGGAGAGGCACCGGACGCGAGCAGGCUCCGCGGGCCCAGCUGGGAGCCAGGCCGGACCCAAGUUGCAGUCCCGGGCUCCGGUGACGCCGUAGCCGCAGCUGGAAGAGGAAACCAAGGACCAGACUGGAGAAGUGAUUUAUCUAAGAUUCCACUGUUGACUGGCAGCAGCACUGAGACCUCAGCCCAGUCUCCUAAUCCCCAAGAAAGGCUCUGUCCAAGGAACACACUGCAAGGAGCUGGGCCAAAGCAAGGUUUUCCAACUAAUUUUAGAAGAUAAAGUCCCUGAAGGGUCUCCAUUUUGGAACAUUUUAAUCCCUGAGCCCCUAUUAUUUUCAUCAUGGGCUUCUUCCUGGCUCUAGCAUGGACACUUCUGGUUGGGCCAUGGACCCCUAUGGGUGCUCAGAACCCCAUUUCAUGGGAGGUGCAGCGAUUUGAUGGGUGGUACAACAACCUCAUGGAGCACAGAUGGGGCAGCAAAGGCUCCCGGCUGCAGCGCCUGGUCCCAGCCAGCUAUGCAGAUGGCGUGUACCAGCCCUUGGGAGAACCUCACCUGCCCAACCCCCGAGACCUUAGCAACACCGUUUCGAAAGGCCCUGCAGGGCUGGCCUCCCUGCGAAACCGCACAGUGUUGGGGGUCUUCUUUGGCUAUCACGUGCUCUCGGACCUGGUCAGCGUGGAAACGCCUGGCUGCCCCGCUGAAUUCCUGAACAUCCGCAUCCCGCCCGGAGACCCCGUGUUCGACCCCGACCAGCGCGGGGACGUGGUGCUGCCCUUCCAGAGGAGCCGCUGGGACCCAGAGACGGGACGCAGCCCCAGCAACCCCCGGGACCUGACCAACCAGGUGACCGGCUGGCUGGACGGCAGCGCCAUCUAUGGCUCCUCGCACUCCUGGAACGACGCGCUGCGGAGCUUCUCCGGAGGACAGCUGGCGUCCGGGCCCGACCCCGCCUUCCCCAGAGACUCGCAGAACCCCCUGCUCAUGUGGGCGGCGCCCGACCCCGCCACCGGGCAGAGCGGGCCCCGGGGGCUGUACGCCUUCGGGGCCGAGCGAGGGAACCGGGAGCCCUUCCUGCAGGCGCUGGGCCUGCUCUGGUUCCGCUACCACAACCUGUGCGCGCAGAGGCUGGCCCGCCAGCACCCAGACUGGGGGGACGAGGAGCUGUUCCAGCACGCGCGCAAGAGGGUCAUCGCCACCUACCAGAACAUCGCUAUGUAUGAGUGGCUGCCCAGCUUUCUGCAGAAAACGCCCCCGGAGUAUACAGGAUACCGGCCAUUCCUGGACCCCAGCAUCUCCUCGGAGUUCGUGGCGGCCUCUGAGCAGUUCCUCUCCACCAUGGUGCCCCCUGGCGUCUACAUGAGAAAUGCCAGCUGCCACUUCCAGGGGGUCAUCAAUUGGAACUCAACUGUCUCCAGAGCUCUCCGGGUCUGCAACAGCUACUGGAGCCGUGAGCACCCAAGCCUACAAAGUGCUGAAGAUGUAGAUUCACUGCUGCUGGGCAUGACCUCCCAGAUCGCAGAGCGAGAGGACCAUGUGGUGGUUGAAGAUGUGCGGGAUUUCUGGCCUGGGCCACUGAAGUUUUCCCGCACAGACCACCUGGCCAGCUGCCUGCAGCGGGGCAGAGAUCUGGGCCUGCCCUCUUACAACAAGGCCAGGGCAGCGCUGGGCCUGCCUCCCAUUACCCGCUGGCAGGACAUCAACACUGCACUCUCCCGGAGUGAUGACACUGUACUGGAGGCCACAGCCUCCCUGUACAACCAGGACUUGUCCUGGCUAGAGCUGCUCCCAGGGGGACUCCUGGAGAGCCAUGGGGACCCCGGGCCCCUGUUCAGCACCAUUGUCCUCGACCAGUUUGUGCGGCUGCGGGAUGGUGACCGCUACUGGUUUGAGAACACCAGAAAUGGGCUGUUCUCCAAGAAGGAGAUUCAAGAAAUCCGAAAUACCACCCUGCGGGACGUGCUGGUUGCUGUUAUCAACGUUGACCCUGGUGCUCUGCAGCCCAGUGUCUUUGUCUGGCAUAAAGGAGACCCCUGUUCACAGCCAAGACAGCUCAGCACUGAAGGCCUGCCAGCCUGUGCUCCCUACAUCGUCCGAGACUAUUUUGAGGGCAGUGGAUUUGGCUUUGGGGUCACCAUCGGUACCCUCUGCUGCUUUCCUUUAGACCCCUACCUCUCCCCCUUCCCAGUGAGCCUGCUCAGCGCCUGGAUUGUUGCCCGGCUCCGGAUGAGAAAUUUCAAGAGGCUCCAGGGCCAGGACUGCCAGAGCAUCGUGUCUGAGAAGCUUGUGGGAGGCACGGAAGCUUUGGAAUGGCAAGGCCGCAAGGAGCCCUGUCGGCCAGUGCUGGUGCACCUGCAGCCCGGGCAGAUCCGUGUGGUAGAUGGGAGACUCAAUGUGCUCCGUACCAUCCAGCUGCAGCAUCCACAGCAGGUCAACCUCAUCCUGUCCAGCAACCGUGGACGCCGCACACUGCUACUGAAGAUCCCCAAGGAGUAUGAUCUGGUACUGCUGUUUAACUUGGAGGAAGAGCGGCAGGCGCUGGUGGAAAACCUCCGGGCAGCUCUGAAGGAGAGCGGGUUGAGCUUCCAGGAGUGGGAGCUGCGGGAGCAGGAGCUGAUGAGGGCAGCUGUGACGCGGGAACAGCGGAGCCACCUCCUAGAGACCUUUUUCAGGCACCUUUUCUCCCAGGUGCUGGACAUCAACCAGGCCGAUGCGGGGACCCUGCCCCUGGACUCCUCCCAGAAGGUGCGGGAGGCCCUGACCUGCGAGCUGAGCAGGGCUGAGUUUGCCGAGUCCCUGGGCCUCAAGCCCCAGGACAUGUUUGUGGAGUCCAUGUUCUCUCUGGCUGACAAGGAUGGCAAUGGCUACCUGUCCUUCCGGGAGUUCCUGGACAUCCUGGUGGUCUUCAUGAAAGGCUCUCCUGAGGAAAAGUCUCGCCUUAUGUUCCGUAUGUACGACUUCGAUGGGAAUGGCCUCAUUUCCAAGGAUGAGUUCAUCAGGAUGCUGAGGUCCUUCAUCGAGAUCUCCAACAACUGCCUGUCCAAGGCCCAGCUGGCUGAGGUGGUGGAGUCCAUGUUCCGGGAGUCAGGCUUCCAUGACAAGGAGGAGCUGACAUGGGAGGAUUUUCACUUCAUGCUGCGGGACCAUGACAGCGAGCUCCGCUUCACACAGCUCUGUGUCAAAGGGGUGGAUGUGCCUGAAGUCAUCAAGGACCUCUGCCGGCGAGCCUCCUACAUCAGCCAGGAGAAGAUCUGUCCCUCUCCCAGAGUGAGUGCCCGCUGUUCCCGCAGCGGCGUUGAGACUGAAUUGACACCUCAGAGACUGCAGUGCCCCAUGGACACGGACCCUCCCCAGGAAAUUCGGCGGAGGUUUGGCAAGAAGGUAACGUCAUUCCAGCCCUUGCUGUUCACUGAGGCGCACCGAGAGAAGUUCCAACGCAGCCGUCUCCACCAGACCGUGCAGCAGUUCAAGCGUUUCAUUGAGAACUACCGGCGCCACAUCGGCUGCGUGGCCGUGUUCUAUGCCAUUGCUGGGGGACUUUUCCUGGAGAGGGCCUACUACUACGCCUUUGCCGCACACCACACGGGCAUCACGGACACCACCCGCGUGGGCAUCAUCCUGUCGCGGGGCACAGCGGCCAGCAUCUCCUUCAUGUUCUCCUACAUCCUGCUCACCAUGUGCCGCAACCUCAUCACCUUCCUGCGAGAAACCUUCCUCAACCGCUACGUGCCCUUCGACGCCGCUGUCGACUUCCAUCGCCUCAUUGCCUCCACCGCGAUCGUCCUCACAGUCUUACACAGCGUGGGCCACGUGGUGAAUGUGUACUUGUUCUCCAUCAGCCCCCUCAGCGUCCUCUCCUGCCUCUUUCCUGGCCUCUUCCAUGAUGACGGGUCUGAGUUUCCCCAGAAGUAUUACUGGUGGUUCUUCCAGACUGUACCAGGCCUCACAGGGGUUGUGCUGCUCCUGGUCCUGGCCAUCAUGUAUGUCUUCGCCUCCCACCACUUCCGCCGCCGCAGCUUCCGGGGCUUCUGGCUGACCCACCACCUCUACAUCCUGCUCUACGUCCUGCUCAUCAUCCACGGUAGCUUUGCUCUGAUCCAGCUGCCCCGUUUCCACAUCUUCUUCCUGGUCCCAGCAAUCAUCUAUGGGGGCGACAAGCUGGUGAGCCUGAGCCGGAAGAAGGUGGAGAUCAGCGUGGUAAAGGCGGAGCUGCUGCCCUCAGGAGUGACCUACUUACGGUUCCAGCGGCCCCAGGGCUUUGAGUACAAGUCGGGGCAGUGGGUGCGGAUUGCUUGCCUGUCUCUGGGGACCACUGAGUACCACCCCUUCACACUGACCUCCGCGCCCCAUGAGGACACACUAAGCCUGCACAUCCGGGCAGCAGGGCCCUGGACCACUCGCCUCAGGGAGAUCUACUCAGCCCCGACGGGUGACAGAUGUGCCAGAUACCCAAAGCUGUAUCUUGAUGGACCAUUUGGAGAGGGCCACCAGGAGUGGCAUAAGUUCGAGGUGUCAGUGCUAGUGGGAGGGGGCAUUGGGGUCACCCCUUUUGCCUCUAUCCUCAAAGACCUGGUCUUCAAGUCAUCAGUCAGCUGCCAAGUAUUCUGUAAGAAGAUCUACUUCAUCUGGGUGACAAGGACUCAGCGUCAGUUUGAGUGGCUGGCUGACAUCAUCCGAGAGGUGGAGGAGAACGACCACCAGGACCUGGUGUCUGUGCACAUCUACAUCACCCAGCUGGCUGAGAAGUUCGACCUCAGGACCACCAUGCUGUACAUCUGCGAGCGGCACUUCCAAAAGGUUCUGAACCGGAGUCUAUUCACGGGCCUGCGCUCCAUCACCCACUUUGGCCGCCCGCCCUUUGAGCCCUUCUUCAACUCCCUGCAGGAGGUCCACCCCCAGGUCCGGAAGAUCGGAGUGUUUAGCUGUGGCCCCCCUGGCAUGACCAAGAAUGUGGAAAAGGCCUGUCAGCUCAUAAACAGGCAGGACCGGACUCACUUCUCCCACCAUUAUGAGAACUUCUAGGCCCCCUGCCCAAGGGCUCUGCCUACCGCCCAGUUGGGCAGAGCUUUGGGCCCAUACCUCAUUUCUGUUCUUCCUAUUUCUGGCUACCUCAGCCUUCUCUCAUUUCUGACCUUUCAACCUUGUUCCAGGUGGCCAUGGUCAGUCACCAUGUGUGGGCUCAGGGACUCCAGGAUGUGUCUCAACCUGGAGAAAUGGGGGGCAGUGUCUAGGAAUUAGAGAGAAGUAGGGGAGCUACUGGUUGGGGGCAAACUGAAACUUCUUCUUCGACUUCAAAACAAAACAAAAACAACACACACAAAAAAACCUCAAAAGACAAGCUGACCUGGCAAGUACUGUGUGCGCGCAUGCCUGUAUGUGUGUUGGGGUGGUGAGUUUAAGGAUGAAAUGGGAGCACCGAUACUGGCAUCUUAGAACCUCCCUACUCCCAGACCUCCUCUUCUGGGCUCCCCACUAUCAGAAGGGCUGGCAAAUGCCUUGGAGGAGGUAGAGGCUGGACCCAAGGCAAGCCAUUUACAGAAACCCACUCAGCACCGCAGUCUAAGACUACAACUGAUUUCACCCAAGGUUUUAAGCACGUACUUUCAUCAGACCCUGGCCCAAUCCUCAUCUAUGCAAUGCUCCUCAGCCCUUUUCCUGCUCCAGUAGUCUCCCUUACAAAGAAAUCACUUUUCUGCCUUCA